UUUUUUGGGUUAUAUCUUUUACUUCCUUGCUUUAUAAAAAACGUAUCACUUGCUAUAUAACUUCCCGGGCAAAACGUUGUUUAAAAAUAUUUUCUAAUUUCAUUUGAAAAUAUGCAGUCCUCAACGGGGAUGUAUAAUUAUUCCAGUUCCCCGUCCGGUAUAACGGACCCGCCUUCCAUUGUGCCUGUGUUAAUGCUAUGUCUCCUGGGAGUCAUCGGUAAUUCUAUUGCUGUGACGAUAGUAUGUUGCACUGCGAGGUCCCAUCGAUGGCGGCCAUUCCAUCGUUACGUUUGUGGACUAGCCUUGACGGACGGUAUCGGGGUGAUGCUGGCCUUGCCAUUCGCCAUUCAUCGAUACACCACGAAUUUCCAGUACACUUAUUCUUACACUGUGUGUAGCUACAUGUCAGUGGUUCAGAUGUUCACGAUUAUCGCAUCCGCGAUGAUCGUCUGUUUGAUGUCUAUAGAUCGAUUCAUGGCUCUUAUUUGUCCAUACGUCUACAAAUCCGUCAAGAAAGGACGCCACAGCACCGUGACUCUGGCCUGUAUUUGGGGUGUUUGUGCUUUUCUAUCGUCUGGUCAUCUUAUGGCGGGAAGAUCCAGCCGACUGUUCUAUCCGGACUCUUGGUGUUUCGUGAAUUUUGUUUCAGAUAAUCCUACAGAUUUGGGCUUUGCGUUCCUCUACGCCUUGACCGGACUUCUGGUGCUUGUCGUCACCUUCAUAACCAACAUGAUCUUACUGGCAAUAGUCCUCCAGAGAAAGUGUUCAAAAUCGUCCGCCAUCAUUGCAAACAAACACGGGACUUAUAUCAUCCUCUUUCUUUUUUCCAUUGUCCUCCUGUUUAGCAUCUGCAUUUUACCGAUAUUGUACGAUCUGCAACAAAUGCAAGAUGAAAACAAAGAAGCAGACGACGUUUGUCACGAAAAAACCGAGGGUGAGUCUUACUGGAAACAGACAUGGCAGAUCGUCAGUGACACCAACUUCUUGUCAUUUGUCAUCACCAACUUUUGUCAGCAAUUUCAUCGUACUUUUCUUUUCAAUUUUUUGGCCAUCUUUUGUGAUCAUUUAGUUUCCUCCGAUGAGAUCAGUCAGUCCACUCGGAGUACCUUCUAUGGUAUUGUUCCUUUUGCAGCAAAGAUUCUUGUGAUAUCGACAGCUCCCAUACUUCAGUACAUUCCUUACCAGAAAGUCAUUAGAGCCAAUUUUAUAUGGAAAAUAUGUGGAGGUGUUGUUAUGUAUUUCUUCAUAGGAAAUCAUCAUCCAUGGAUGUUGAUAUUAUUUUUCUUUCUUGACGGAUGUUUUGCUAAUGGCACGUUUUCCCUGUUCAAUCUCCCAUUGUCAGACAUUGUUGAUGACAACAUGAGUAAAUACAACAGAAAACACCCAAUAUCAUCUAUGGUCUUCGGAACUAACGCUCUAUUCGUGAAGCCUGCUAUAUCUUUGUCUCCCAUGUUGGCAGUGGCCAUACUGAACAGAUACGGAUACAGUUAUAUACAGCAUUCCAAAAACAGUCCUGUCAGACCCACAGCAAGCACUCCGUCCCCCGACCAACUGAAGGACCUAAAGGAUGCUAUGUUCUUCUUGGUGUGUUGGUAUCCAAUCGUUUUAGGAACCAUUCAGUUGAUUAGUUGGUCAUUUUUCAGAAUAACCAACAGAAUUGAGAAAAAUCAUUGAACUUUUCAAAACCAACGACAUUUUAAAGAUCUGAUCAUUUUUACAGUGUAUAAUCAAUCAGACCUGGCCGAAUUUUCAUAAAGUUUACAAAUGUGUUGAAUCCAAGACCAAAACAUUUUGAUCCUUUUGAAAUAAAAAGAAA